GAGACUCCAACGCGACGGCGAACGGGACAGGUCACGCGGGCAGUCUCGCGACGGAGCUCGAAGAGGACGCACGCCACAUCCUCUCGUCCCGUCCCACGCCUCCUCACAGGCCCAGAAAAGAUUCCUCGACCCCCGAAGGACUCCUGAGCGACCGCCCAGCCAGCACAGAUCGGACUCCAAGACAACCUCACCCUCCGGGCAUCACGGCAAGCACCAUGAGGGCGUCUGCUUUCAUCCUGCGGGCGGUUACGUCCCUUUUGCUCCUGUCCCUGGUUCGCGGCCAAAGAAUCCAGACCGUGGAGCUCGCAGACUCCCGCUACUUCAUCUCGAACGCCUCUCCCUACUCCCCGUCGCUGAACUGGUUCCUGGCCUACGAGUACUGCCACACCAUCGGCAUGGAACUGCUCUCCUUCCAAGGCAUCGAGGAGACCGAGGUCAUCAACAGUUACCUCAGUGACAAUGGUUACAGUAACAGUGAAUACUGGACGAGCGGUAAUCAGCUGGGCUCCGAGAUGUGGAUAUGGAUGAGCACUGGCCAACCCUUCAACAACACUUUCAACUUCUGGGCUGCUGGUGGCCCGCCCCUCACGAAAUCCCAGCAGUCAUGUAUGAGCCACCAGAAGGGCACCUGGUCUCCCCAGAACUGCAUGGACCCCAAGCACUUUAUCUGUGAACAAACGCGUUGCUUCUACUACAACUACGUGACCACGAACCGCCGUUCAUCACAGGGCAACAGCACAACAGCUGGCAUUACCGGGUCCCCAGCAAGUCCAUCUCUCCGCCCAGUUAGGCCUUUGAGACGCCCUUCCAUUCCUACCCCAGCAAGUGUCUUACAGGGUGACCCCCAGACACAGCCAGCAGACACACACAACCCACCUGCAAUUAACGAGACACUACUAAACGAUGACCAGCUCACAUCAACACCCAUUGCAAAGCUGAUGUCAACUACAAUCUCACCCGAAGCAGACAUCAAAGUCAUGCCCACAGAAGCUCCUCCUCAACAGGAUCCAAAAGAGAUGCCAGUGACAUCCCCACCCAAAGCAACUGCUAGCGAACCUAUUGUGAUUGCAAACAAUGAAAUCCUCCCAGCAUCUGUGAACAGUGAGUUCCUCUUGCUGCAACCUCCCACAAAGGAUUUUGAUGCAGGAGCUACUGAAGAAACAUCCACUGCAAACGUGAGACUUCUGAGCAGACAGGAGACCUUCAGCUGGGCUCUUAAAGAUUCCAGUUCUCCAUAACAUAGAAUACUCAACUUUCUAGUAAAUCAACAACAAUCUAGUAAACCAUGAGUGCAUUAUAACAUGGAUCCUACUCCACCACCUCUUUAUUCUGCAUUUGUUAUAUUCCUGUUUCUAAGGGUGCAUUGUUAAUUACAUGUGUAUAAAGGUA